AAGAAUUAGCAAUAACACAAUUUUCACAAUCCAUUCCUGGAACUCCAUCACCAAGAAAGAUUCCUUUGCCAACAAGUCCCGCUUCUCCUACACCAAGAAGAAUUCCCUUACCUACGAACAGUGAUAAUGAAGAUUCGGAUGCGACGGUGAGUGACGUCGAUGAAGAGAAAGAAAUUGCAGUUCCGGAUAGCACUAACAGAGCAGAAAUACACGAUAUUCAUGAUGUUUCACUCGGCUCUUCGAAAAGAACUUCAAAUUUGAAUGCAUCUGGUAGUUCUGAGGACAAUGAGAUACACCAAUUCAAUCUGAAAACUCUUAGUCUUCUCGAAUACAUGUUACGGUUAAGUGCCUUGGAGGUUUGUGAGCAAACUAAUCAUCUUGAGAUAGCUGACGAAAAAAUCAACUUAUUCCUUAAAGAUGACGAUUCAACUGGAAGUUCUUCUACUUCUACUGUUUCUGCAACAACUCCAGAAUCAACUCCAUCUAAAGCUACGCCUC